CACCGUUUCCUUCACCUCCCUACGAGAUAUGCCGCAACUGGAGAGGGAAAACCCUAUUGGGAUUGAGUUGCUGGAGAAAUAAAGAACUUUUGCUAAUUCUAUGCAUCGAAGACCAUCAUUUCUCCUUUAUUUCACUUCUGAGUGCGUUAGGAUCGUUGUACUUAUCUGCUUACUGAAUUAAAGUUGCAGCCAUGGAUGAUGACACAUCAAACUCAUUUCGUAGAAUGUCGACUCGAACUCGUAAGGUAGCUUCAAAGAUGGUUGCAGCACUUGCGAGCAGUGACAAUCGAACACAGGCAGCUCUUGCUCGCCUGGAGGCUUUGGAAAAUGAUAAUGCUGGAAUUGAAGUAGCAGAGAUGAACGAUGAUGAUGAGGCUUCUCUCGACGAAGAUGAUGAACUAGGAUAUGUACAGAAAAAGCAGCCCAAGGGCACAAAACGAAAAACACGGCAAGCAAAGGCACUUGAGAAUGCUAGGAAGGCCCCGAGAUCAUUCCUUGAGCUCUUACAUGAGGCUAACUUGGAUUCCUUACCUCCACAUGUACCAUCCUAUUUGAGGGCAGCUGUAGGACCUCCAAGUUCAACUUCUCGCAGACGUUUCUGCACUGUUUGUGGAUUUACUGCCAACUAUACUUGUGUAAUCUGUGGGAUGCGAUUUUGUUCAAUACGUUGCCAGAACAUACAUAAGGAUACUCGUUGUCUGAAAUUUGUUGCCUGAGUGAACUGUCUAUAGAAGAUCUAGAAAUGUUAUUGCACGACUGGAAACCCUUAUGUCAAAGAGAAGAUAAGGGCUGAUACAGCUGAAAAGCUGGGUUGUUCCUUAUAGUUGAAGUUCCCUUGUGAGGCCACAAAGUUGAGCAUUUGGGAAAUAGUGAUUUCCUUCUGCUGUUAUAUGGACAACUUUUUAGAAGGUACUCUACGUUUGAGAGAAGCCAAUGAUGAAUUUGGCUGAUACCAAGGUACUGUGAUAUUUACUGCAUUAUUUUUGGAUUCUGUUUCCUAACGAGUCUAAAAGUAAAGAAAUACAAGUUUUGGUAGAUUGAAACCAUUUUGAAGUUAUUGUCACAAAUCUUGAUCACUCUCUUUGAUUCUAGGAACACUCUGUUUAAUUUAUAAGCAUGCAGAUCAGAUGCUCAAUGGAGAGCAAUACAAUUUCAUUUUAGCACGACAGUGUAAAGGAAAUAAACUGAAUUUCAUAACAGCACGAGCAUACACUUUAUCUAGAGAUUGAAGAGGACUGCUCCUAUGGGGAAUGAGAAUUUCUGCUUUGAUAACUUGUUAUGCAUUGUGGAUGAUCUUUAACACUGGGGUAGAUCUAACG